ACCUUAUUUAAUUAAGCAAAUAUAUUAAAACUCCUACAUUAAACCUUCACAGAUAGAAGAGAAAAAAUAAAGUAUGGUGGUUAGGAAAAAUUAUACGAUGUGAAAUUUCAAUAACUACAACUUGCUAUAUCAAAAACCUUAUACAGUAUUGUAAUUCCGUAAUCAUCGAAACUUAAUUCUUGUUAGAGAACAUAAAAACAGUGCAGCCAAAUUACCCUAAAAUUACGUGAAACAUCUCAUGAAAUGAACUUACGUACCCAACUUUACUUGCAUGCGGUAUCUAUAAAUACCCCUAUUAACCACAUUUCAUGCAAAAUCAAAAAACACUCGAAACCCAUUUAAAAAGAGAAACAUUUCUUGAAAAAGUUCUAGCAAUAAAUAAUGGGAAAGCUCUUGGUGUUAAUGUUAGUUAUGAUGUUUUUGGCUUUCGAAAGCUUGGAAGCUCUUGAUUACGGAGAUGCACUAAACAAGUCAAUCUUGUUCUUUGAAGGCCAAAGAUCCGGUAAACUCCCGACUAACCAACGGGUUAAAUGGCGAGCCGAUUCUGCCCUCUCUGAUGGUUCACUAGCUAAUGUGAAUUUAAUUGGAGGAUAUUACGAUGCUGGUGACAAUGUAAAAUUUGUGUGGCCAAUGUCAUUUACCACAACCUUGUUGAGUUGGGCAGCAAUUGAAUACCAAAAUGAGAUUUCUUCCGUUAACCAGCUCGGUUAUCUCCGGUCUACUAUCAAAUGGGGAACCGAUUUUAUCCUCCGCGCUCAUCCUUCGCCCACCAUGCUAUAUACACAAGUGGGAGAUGGGAAUUCAGAUCAUAGUUGUUGGGAGAGGCCAGAAGAUAUGGACACACCAAGAACUCUCUACAGUAUCUCUUCCUCUUCCCCCGGUUCCGAAGCCGCGGGUGAAGCAGCAGCCGCUCUUGCCGCAGCCUCACUUGUUUUCAAAUCGGUCGAUUCUACUUAUUCAUCCACGCUUCUAAGCCAUGCUAAAUCACUAUUUGAAUUUGCUGAUAAGUAUAGAGGUUCUUACCAAGCAUCUUGCCCUUUCUACUGCUCAUACUCUGGCUACCAGGAUGAACUAUUAUGGGCUGCUACUUGGUUAUACAAAGCAACAGGAGAGAAGAGUUACAUAAAUUAUGUUAUAAGCAAUAAAGAUUGGAGCCAAGCCGUGAAUGAAUUCAGCUGGGACAACAAAUUCGCCGGUGCUCAGGCUUUGCUCGCAUCGGAGUUUUAUAAUGGGACAAAUGACUUGGCAAAAUUUAAGACCGAUGUUGAAUCAUUCGUCUGUGCAUUGAUGCCAGGAAGUAGCUCUCAACAAAUUAAGCCAACUCCUGGUGGCCUUUUGUUUAUUAGAGACAGUAGCAACUUACAAUAUGUAACAACGGCUACAACUGUUUUGUUCCAUUACUCAAAAACUCUUACCAAAGCCCGGGUUGGUUCAAUCCAGUGUGGUUCGACCCAGUUCACCCUAUCUCAAAUUCGAAAUUUCGCCAAAUCACAGGUCGAUUACAUCCUUGGAAAUAAUCCAAUGAAAAUGUCUUACAUGGUUGGAUUUGGAACAAAGUACCCGACACAACCUCAUCAUAGAGGCUCAUCUUUACCGUCGAUCCAAUCUAAACCGGAGAAAAUCGACUGCAAUGGAGGAUAUUCAUACUACAAUUCUGAUACACCAAACCCGAAUGUGCAUACCGGCGCAAUUGUGGGCGGACCGAAUUCAUCCGACCAGUAUAGCGACAAAAAAUCAGAUUACUCUCAUGCAGAGCCCACAACUUACAUCAACGCAGCCUUUAUUGGGCCCGUCGCUGCUCUGAUCAGUUCUUCCGGAUAAACUCACGUUUAUAUUUGGUUGUGUGGAAACAAAUAUUAGCAAAGAAGAAUGAUUACUAGCUCAGCAGCAACUAUUAAGACUACAAACUUGAAUAAUUAGUCGUUGGAGGAUGUAUCACUUGCUUUAAACA